AUGGCGAUUAGAAGUAAGAUGCUAUCAAUUGUACUAAUUAUUGGAGUAGAACUAAGAGGUUCAGCAGCAGCUGUAACUACUAAUGAUCUACUGAGAAAUAACAUUUCCGAUCUCCAUUUCAAAUUAUUCACGUCCAUUCAGAAACAAAACAGGAUGUUGAAGUCUGCUGUAUUUGAGACUGAGUGCUCCGGUCGCGGAUGUACAUUUAGCGGCUGUCAAUCUAGUCAAAGUAGUUCAUGUGAUGGGAAAAUGCUUUCAACAUUGCGUCAGAUUGAGAUCAGCGUCAAACAACUGACGGGAAAAGAUAGAAACAAAGGAACUUGUAAGAACGGCUGGAAGCGUUUCAGAGGACACUGCUACAGAGAGUUUGCUCAAAAACAAGACUGGUUUUGAGCUCA